AUGGUUUUGGAAAGCACAGAACCAUGGGCUAAGCAGGCGAAGAACGGGGUAGUCAUCUUUGUAGACAGCCAAGCAGCGCUGAAGGCGCUGAGGCAACCGCGGAUGCUGUCAGGACAGGUCUAUCUAGCAGGAUGCUUCGGCCUGAUCCAGCGGCUUGCUAGAAGAUGCGUCCGGAUAGAGCUCAGAUGGAUUCUCGCGCACCAAGGGGUCAUUGGCAAUGAGAUUGUGGACCAACACGCAAAAGAAGCAGCCCAAGAACCGGACGGCCCACAGAACCCUCUCAACUGUGGUAUAUGCCUCGCAGCCGCAGCGAAACGGCGAAGUCGCAGAGAAACGAAUCUGGAGUGGGACAGGACGUGGGCCAAGGAAACGACCAGCCACCCGACGAGAUGCCUGAUUGAAGUACCAACCAAGAAGACGCUAGAAUACUGGUCGGGCCUGCGCAAAGCGACGACAUCGAUUCUGAUGCAGCUUCGUACAGGGCGAAUUGGCCUAGGGGCUUACCUGAACCGUAUCAACCGACGCGAAACAGCGCGAUGUGGUUGCGUCCUUGGCAACCAAACAGUGAUCCAUGUCCUGUUGGAAUGCCCCUUGCACCAGGAUGAGCGAGACUGGAUGAAAAACGCUCUUUCCGACAAGCGAGUUACUCUUAGUCGAGACCAACUCCUGACACGACCGGAGGCUCGCACGGUCGUGGCCGAAUUUAUGGUCAAGACCGGCCUGCAAGGCCAAUUUCAGACAGUCGACCCUACGGCUCUGGGCGAGGAAGGGAACGACAAACGAGCGGAGAUAAUGACCCCUCAGACAGUGUGA